CGGACAUGGCAGCUGCCUUAUAUACUGUCUAUGGUGGGAACCUCCACAAAUCCGCCAGUUAAGAUAUUUAGCCAAAUACAACGUGAGCUAACCGAGCUGACAGAUGUUGUGUUUCAUUGUGAGAACCAUGAAGGAGUAAACAGCUGGCAAACUUGUGUUCUGAUCUGGAUGGAACCGACGGGUCUACGAGACGUUUUCAAAUGUAUAACACUAUCCAUUGCAGCAAUGGAGGAUAUUGGUCUCCAUCCCAAACCCACCAAUGACCCCCCUGUUCACAGACCCACAGUCACUGAGACUUUUGGGCUGCACCACAUCCCAGCAGAACAUCUGCACGUCACUGAUGCAAGCAGGAAAUCUGACAUGCAUAAAGAUGGACGGUCCAAAAAAAGGUCCCACCCGGUAGCAGCAGAGCCACAGAUGAUUUCCCAGUUUCCUCUACAGAGUGUGUGUCCUCUGGGUGCUGACACCACGCUCCUUAAUACAGCUGCCAAAAAUGGCAACACUAAUAAGGACAAGGCAGGGGCUGACAGGAAAAAACUCAAAGCCAAAGUUGGAGAUCCAUCAAAGUGGAACCAAAACAAGCAGAAACAGCUGAGGAUGGAGGGUAAAUCGUACGUGAGCAAACGCAAAAAAGACGGUGAGGUUGUGACAAAACAGCCAAGAGCAAUGGGACCGAGGUGCACCUCGAAUGCAUGCAAAAAGGCAUCAAACCGACUUUGUAAUGAAAUCAACGAAGAGGCCAGGAAGAAAGUGUUUGAUGAAUUCUGGCAGCAGAUGAACUGGGCUCUGAGAAAACUGUAUGUAUCAGAUCAAGUUGACCGUGACCCCGUGGAAAGAUCUCGGGCGGUGGGAGCGCAGUCAAGAAGAUCCGUUUCACUCCGUUAUCACUUGAUGGUGGAUGGCAAAAGAAAACAAGUGUGUAAAAACAUGUUCCUGUCCACCCUGGGGAUAGGAGAGUGGUCGGUGCUCAACUGGACACAGAAAGGAGCAACAACAAAGAAUGAAAACAAUUUAGAAAAAAGGCAGGCUGUCCCUCAGUGCCCUCAACAGAUCCCUGCUUCUUCUGCAGUCAGUAACACUGCAGAAGUUACCCAGGAACAAGGGAAAGACAAAGACAGGCCACCAGAACCAGAGGGGUCAACCAGAAAGAAAUCCAGAGUUGCCAAGCCGCAAACAUGGAAGCACAAUCAACAGAAGCAACUUAGAAUGGAGGGAAAACCAUACAUCAGCAAACGAAAGAAAGACGGCACGACCAUAACUAAAGGUCAGAGGACCAUGGGAUUAAGAUGCACGUCCGGUGCUUGCAAAAGGGCAUCCAACCGCUUCUGUGCAGACUUCAGUGAAGAAAUGAGGAACGAGCUGUUUACCAGUUUCUGGCAGUGUAUGAACUGGGCUCAGAGAAAGACCUAUGUGUCCGGAUUAGUCGACUGUGGCCCGGUGGAAAGAACCCGAGCACCGUGGACUCAAUCGAGAAGGUCGGUCUCCAUGCGCUAUCAUUUGAUAGCCAGUGGUGAAAAAAAACAAGUUUGCAAAAAGAUGUUCCUCUCCACUUUGGGGAUUGGAGAGUGGUCAGUGCUCAACUGGGCACAAAAUACAUCUCAGCAGGACAAUUCAGAGGAAAUCACCAAGAAGCAAACGCAAAGGAAGUCCCGUAAAGCUUCAGAACAUAUAGUCCUGAACGAGUUCCUCGAGAGUUUACCCAAAGUUCCCUCAUACUGUUGCGGGACAUCCGUCUCCAAGCUGUAUCUGGAGCCGGUCUUCUCAAACAUGUCCGAGGUGUACAGGCACUACUACAAGCACUGCUUAGAGAGGAAGACAACACCGCUCUCUCGGCAGGUUUUCUGUGCUGUAUUUAAAAAGAUGGAUUUGGGAUUGUGUGACUCCAAAAGGUAUCAAGGGUGUUCUUUCAGUGGGAAUUUGUUUAAUGAGCUUUGGGAGGAAUACUGCUUGGAAAGAGGAGCUCCAGGGCCACAGCCAGAGAAAGCGGGUAACCAGUAGAGAGGGGUUAAGGACAAAAAGGUUCUGUGUUGGAGUUCAAUCCUUAUUGUUUGUUACUUCAUUACUUAUUGCACGUUUUGGAAAGUUGAAAUGCAAAACUUUGCCAAAAUGACUUAAUGAUCUCAAGUUUCAUUAAAUCUCAUUAAGCAUAGACUGUGGUUGCUUCUUCCAGGAUCACACUAUCUGAAGCAAUCCAGUCUUUAUGCAGCUGAACAGUUGUUAUUCAAGCACUACACUUAUUUUGUUUUUGUAAUGGAGAACGCACGUUGUUACUUAAAAUGUAAGUUCUUUGUGAGAUUCUUUGUCAACCAUCAUUAUUAGGUCAAAACUA